CAAAAGAGGCGCGGGCGCUGGAGACUUCAGGUCUUGGCGCCCGUGUUUCCGGUCGCGCCCGGUGCCCGCAGCCUCCGUCGCCAACCCCACUUUCAACCAUCAAGGUCGCCGAUCACAUCAUCGAACUCGAUCUUGUUCGGCGACAUCAAUGAAGACUUGAGAGGAUCAAGCGCGGGUUUACGACGUACGAUUCACAAGGAACGACAGAAACGCAGAUUUAUUGACGGACACGCGCUUACAAAUCAUUCGCGAUAUCAAGGGAGCAAAGAGCACGGACACUCACUCGCGGAACUGACCGCUGGACGAACACGAGACCAUCAUCAUUGACUCACUCACUGGACACUAUCGAUCCGAUGGCCAUCAUCGACCCCAGCUAACACCGGCUCAUUCUCUCGCCUUAUUUGCCAUAAAAGACGCAUCCCGGGAUUGGCAAACACCCCUCACGCGCCCCCGCUAACCCGGGCGGUUCCAACGCUCAGAAUGAACAUGAGCUCACCACCCACACCCGGAUCCGGCCACGGGCAUGGAACGGAAGGAAUUGGCAGGCCCGGCUCCCGCCCCGAGAAACGCACCUGCAUCACCUGCCGCGCCCGCAAGGUCAAAUGCGAUGGCCGACCGGACAAAUGCACCAACUGCGAGCGGCUGGGAUUUACGUGCUCCUAUGACCCCAACACCAUUGUCACCACGAGCAUCGACGCCGGCGUUGGCCCUAGUCACUCAAUCACCUCCCACGAAGCCUUCUCCAUCGACAGGCUGGUCCCAACAGAGACGGAGGGGAGCGUGUCCACCAGUACCACGACGACGGCACCAGUGGUGGGAUUAAGGAGGAUCAGAGCCCGACAGGCUUGUCAGAGUUGCCAUGUCAAGAAAGCCAAGUGCUCAGGAAUCAUCAACAAAUCCGGGCCAGGCGGAAGUGGAAGCGGAGGCUAUCGAGGUUGCGAACGAUGCCGGGCUCUAGGAAUUGCAUGUGUCCUCAGGAAGGGCAAGCGAGGCCUAGCUCUACCAGGCAUGAACAACUCCUCCCUCGGCGACGCCGGCGAAAUGAUUCUCGACGACGGGGGCAACGGCAUGCACCUUGACGAUCCCCGCGAUUUAGACGACGACAUGAACCACAACGGCAGCAUAACAGGGGGCCGGAGCACCGCCAGUCCUGCUCCCAUCCCCAGCAACAACCCAGACGCAUCCGGCCGCAUCGACCUCUCCCAACCCGACGACCCUAUCGUCAAACGCGCGUUUGACAACUACUUCCGGCAUGUCCACCACGUGCCCAUGUUCUCCUUCCUCCACCGGGCCUCGCUAAUGGAGCGGUACGACGCCGGCCUGCUGGACCGCGCUCUCCUUCUCGCCAUCGUUGGCAUUGCCGCCCUGCUAACCGACCUCGGCCCUUCCGUCUCCGUUGCCGACCCGGAGUUGUUCUCCAACCGAUGCAUCGACGAGGCUGCUUCCAUCUGCACAUCAGAGCUCGAAAACAGGAGUAUCACGCGCCUCGAAGCUUUGGUAAUCGUCGUCAAGCACCGGAUCCUAUCAAAACGGUUCUCAGCGGCCUUCAUGCUACACGCACUUACCUCGCGGUUCGCCAACGUGCUGCGACUGAACGUCGAAAACCCAGCCCUCUGCUUCCUCGCCCAAGAAUCCCGCCGCCGACUGAUGUGGUCCAUCUACAUGAUCGACGCCUGGUUCGCCAACGGCCAAACUGACCUAGCCCUCUGGCCGGAUCCAGAACGACAAAUCCGCGUGCAACUCCCCUGCAACGAGCGCAACUUCGAUUUCGAUCUCCCCGAAGUUACCGAACCUCUCCGCCAACCACCACCGAGUCCAUCAGGACAACCAGUCCAGCUUCCUGACGCUGUGGGAUUCACUGCCUUGCAUAUCCGCAUGCACUGGCUAAGGACACGGAUCCUCCAGCUUUCUCUCCGUGUUGUGGGCGCUAACCCCGACCCGAACGAGCUGAUGCAACUCCCGCUAAGGUGCGCCGAGUUCAAAGCGGAGCUGGACUCGUUCGAAGCGAGACUGCCGCCUUCGUUUAGGUGGAGUGAGUCGAACCUCCGGUUACGGUCGUACUCUUCGAGGUUGGCCAUCUUCUUUACGACGCAUGUCUGGUGGAGGCAGUGCCACUUGGACUUGUAUCGACUGUUCUUGCCAGGACUGAAGGAGGCGUUGUCGGGAAGUAGUCUGGCGCAGUUGGCUGGGAGCACGGUUGGUAGUCCAGCAGCUCAGGGGCAAGGGCAGUGGCAGGGGCAGCAAGGACAGAAUGGCCAGAGGCAAGGGCUGGUAGAAUGGGCAAGACAAGAGUGUUAUAAACACGCUCGCGCGAUGGCAGAUAUGUUUGCCCAAGUGCUGGCUUUGGGGGAAAGUAGUGUGCCGUUAGCGGAUGUAGAUCUGCCGGGGUGCGCAUUGCAGUGUGGACGGGUGUUGUAUCAUUCUUUUCAAACUCGUGAUGGGGGACAGUCGCCGGCUCCGUCGGCGGAGGGAGUGAGGGAGAUGGUUAGUGUUUGUUUGAGGGUGGCGAGGUUGGCAUGUCCGGGGCCUGCGAGUAGGGCUAUUCAAUCCGACAUCGAAAAACUCCUAGCCGAGGGCCUCCCCAUCAGCCAAGUACAAGUUACCGGGCAGACUCCCCGACCCAACGACCUCUUAACACCCACCCCCGGACCCGCGCCCUUCUCCCCCGGUCCCCCAGGGGCAUUCAGCAUGUCCAAUGUCCCUCUACCCGGCCCCAUUCCCCUCAUAAACGACCCGCACGAACUCGGCCCCCCUCAAAAUCUAUUACCAGCGAUGGCACCACCCGUACCAUCACAACACGCUCAACAAGCACCCCAAAUGCUCCCACCCGUCUCCAACUCCGGACCAGCACCAGUAGGCGUCGGCGUAGGCGUAGGCGCAGGGUUAGGCCCAGGCCCAGGCGUAGCACCCUCCCAAGCCAGCCAAAUCACAACCGGCUCCAACGCCUUUGAAGAGAUCCUGAAUGUGAACGGGAUCAAUUUCGGCGGGGGCGGUUUGGGGAUGAAUGAGUUCUUUGCUCCAGACGCGUGGGGUUUGGGGCUGUCGCCGUUUCCGAUGGGGUUGACGGGGGGUGAGUGGACGGUGCAAGGGCAGGGGCAGGGGCAGGGGGGUGGGCAGCAGGGGGGGUUUCAUGGGGAUCAUGGCUGA